CAUCCUCAUCAUUUACUCCGUCACCUCGAUAUGCUACUAGUUCUAUAUUAAUUGGUACAAAAUUAUAUUUCUUCGGAGGAUGGGCCAAAGAUUCUGAUAAUAUAGAAAAUUGUCAAAGUGAUAUUUUCUAUUUGGAUAUUUCGAAUUCUUUUAAUAUUGAAGAUGAUAAUCAAAAUAUUCCAUGGAUUGAUCUUACAUCCACUGCCGAAAUACCGGAAAGAAUAUGUUGGCAUAAUAGUUUAAAAGAAAUAAAUAAUAAUACAAUAUAUUUAUUUGGAGGGAUAACUCAAAAUAUUAAAAGUAAAGAAUUAACUUUUGAUACAUUAUUAUAUAAAUUUGAUAUUACAUCACAAAAAUGGAGUAAACCUUCUUUAACAGGAAUUUCACCUGGAAGAAGAAUAAGACUUGAAAUAGUUCAAGAUAAUAAAAAUGAUAUAGAAAAUACUUAUAUAUUUGGUGGAUUAACGACGAAUAAGAUAAUGUGGUUUAAUGAUAUGAAUAUUUUAGAUACAUUAAAAUUAAAUUGGUUAUUAGUGGAAACUUCUGGUAUUAAUAUUCCUCCUCCUCAAGCUGAUUUUACUACUACUUUAUUAUCCAAUGGAAUUAUUCUUUAUAUUGGAGGAAGAGAAGCAGUAAAUGUAUACGGUGAUAAAAUUACAUACAAAAAAAUGGAUCAA